AUGAAUUUGGAUGGGGAGGUUAAGAAGAAUGAGGCAAUUAGGGAAUUGCGUCUUGGGUUAAGGAUGCGCGAUUGGGGCGCUGUGCUGCGCACAGUGAGGGGCCUCCCACCAUGUGCAGAGCUGUGGCUGGCCAAGACGAACAAGUGGGCUGACACUGUACUGCACGCAGCUAUCAUUUAUGGGACGCCACCCCGCGCCGUCCAUGAGCUGUUCGAAGCAAUGCACGGAGGUGAAGAAGACGUCCUGCAGAUUGUGUCAGCCAGGAAUCAGUGGGGCAACACUCCUCUUCACUGCGCCGGCGAUAGGGGCUCUUCCCUCUUGUGUCGCCGCAUCCUUGAUGCCCUUUCCGCCGCGCAACACAGAACCCGCGCCCUUCUGGUGCGUAACAACGAGGGAGAGACGCCUUUGUUCUUGGCUGCUGUUCAUGGUCACCUAGCGGCCUUCCUCCUUCUCCAUGGCCAUGCAGAACCUGAGCAUGCCACAGCUCCUUACGUGAAGCCCAACGAGUAA